AUAAAAGAGCUGAGGUUGCCUACUCCUGAGCUUGUUGGAGAACAACUUGAAGCCAGCUUGCCAGUACUGUCUCAGACUGGAAAAUUGCAAUUCAGAUACGCAUGAAAACGCAAUCAAAUUCACAACAGCGAAGACAAUCAAUCACAUCCUCCAAAUCGCAUAAUUGUGAGACAUAACUAAGAAAGGGGCAGACCCACCACCCCGUUUUUUAAAUUGCUAGUCGCACUAACUCUAUCGAUCCUGUUUUGCUUAGCUGGCUUAGGUGAUCUGAGCCUAUCCUGUCCGCCAGGUUACUGUGCUGUUUUCAGGCUGUGGCAGAUUGGUCCACAUCUCAUCCCUAGCGCGUGCAAAUAGCAGCAAACUCUCAUUCCCCUUUUUCCAGAUGGUGGAUCCUCGGGUAUUCCAGAGAUCUCAGGAAACUGAAUCUACUUUGCUUUGCUUUGGGACUUGGAUAGGAAUGAGAGAGAGGGAAUUAAAAGUCGCUUCCUUUUCUACUGCCAAGAGCUAUUAAGCUAGGAUAUUUUUGCUGAUGCUCUUGUGCUUAAGUUUGUAUGUCUAUUUUUUUUUUUGUGUGGUUCUCAUUAUUCAUUCAAGUAAUAUUUGUUUUUGAAAACCAAGGAAAGGAAUUUAGUAUUUAUCUUUCUUUUUGUAAACCGUCUUGACAAGAAUCUUUCAAAACCACAUUUUCUCAACUGCGACAAACUUGCAAGGUGUUGAAAAAAUGGCCGGGAAAGACGUAUUGAUUGUCUAUGCACACCAAGAGCCCAAAUCUCUAAAUGGUUCGUUUAAAACCUUGACAGUGGAAGAACUGAAGAAGCAAGGCUGUACAGUCACUGUUUCAGACUUGUAUGAAAUGCAAUUUGAGCCAAGAACAACUAAGAAAGAUAUAGUUGGUGAAUUAUACAAUCCUGAUCAUUUUAAUUAUGGAACUGAGGCCUGGAAAGCUUAUGAAAAUGGAUGUCUGACUGAAGAUUUGAUUGAGGAGCAAAAGAAAGUGAACAAAGCCGACUUGGUGAUUUUCCAGUUUCCUUUAUAUUGGUUCAGCAUGCCAGCCAUCCUGAAGGGCUGGAUGGACAGAGUCUUAGUCCAAGGAUUUGCUCAUGAUUUCCCAAAGUGUUAUGAUUCUGGUUUACUCAAGAAUAAAUUAGCUUUACUUUCAUUUACCACUGGAGGAGACGAAGAAAUGUAUUCAAGGAGAGGACCCAGUGAUAAUAUCCGUUACCUUCUCUGGCCCAUGCAGCAUGGAAUCUUACACUUCUGUGGCUUCAGUAUCCUUUCCCCUCAGAUCUGCUUUGCCCCUGAGUAUGUGACAGAAGAGAAAAGACAACAGAUGUUGACUUCAUGGCUCAAACGGCUGCAGACCAUUUGGGAGGAGAAACCUAUUAAUUGUGUGCCGGAAUGGUACUUUGGGGACAUUUGAAAAUGGAGGAGGGAGAUGAAUACGAAAAGAUGAAAGUAUUUUCUGAAACUCUGACCCACAGAUAUUUGUUUCUGUAAUUUCCCUAUCCAUCUUGGGCUGUACAGAGCCACUUAAUUAAAUUAAAUUGAAUUGGAGACUGAA